AUGCGCGUCAGGAUGGUGCCAGGAUGUCUGGCCGAAGGUGUGAAAAUCACGCCUGUCGUCAUCAAUUACCGCGGUGUCGCGGAGACAACAAAUAUUGUGGAGGGUCGAUUUAUAAACGCUUCUGACAUAACCAUACUAGUCUUCCGUGGAACAGUGAUCUCGCAAGAGAUAAGGGGUGAAUUGGUGCGACUUGGUGUGCGGAUCCAUGAUGUUUGGCGCAAUAAGGGUAGUGUAGCCCAGCGCUACCUACCUUCCCACGUACGACGAAAUCAGGCUCCAGUUAUACCUGUCUGGGUGCCCCUUACAAACCAAUUGAAGAGUCCGCAUUCCACCUGCGUGUGCCCUCGCUUCGUCAAUGAUCAGUCCUACUUGUUCAUCUCACAGGCGUAUGAGGCAAGUGUGUCUACUGACAAGUUAUGA